GCGAAGGCGGCGCGAGCUCCAUCAGGCGGCGGAGGCUUCUGCUGCGCCAGGCGGGGGCUGCUUUCUCCUACGCUCGGCAGUUGCAAGCGGAGGAGCCCCCUGCGGGGCAGCGACCCCAAGCCCGUGCAUCCUUUGCGCCACCCAGGAGGGUCUCGGGAAGGGAAAGGGAGUCUGCCGCCUUUCCGUCUCCCCCCCUCCGGAUCCGAAAGGACCCCCUCUUCCUUUCCUCCUCAUCUCCCCUCCACGCAUCAUCCUUGACGGUCGUUGCAGUCACCUCGGCUCGCGUUUAAGCCGGUGCACCGGGAAGGAGGGUUCCGGGGCUGAUUGUGCCUCCAUCCCCGCCGCGCUUCUUCGUAUUUUCCUGCAUGCAACCACCCUUUCUGGCGAAGGAGGGCUGAACCCCCCUCCUCUCUGCCCUCCCCAGCCUUUGCAGCGGCUGGGUACUCUCAUCGCCUAGGCUGGGAGGGAGAGAGGAGGAGGGCGAGGGGCUUUUCCUUGCAAUCUGCCCCCCCCCUCCCUUCCCUCCUUCCGUGGAUGUUGGAAGAACUGAAGACCCUAGGAAGGAGUGAGUGAAGAAGAGGAGACCUCAGCAGGAGAGGCGGCAGCUGUAGCUGCGAGUCCUGUGCGGACUGUCUGCAGAGACCUAAUUUUUUUUUUUUUUUUGCACAAGCAUGCUGGCCCACAGGGUAAAAAUGAUGGGGCCCUGGCUGCUGGUCCUAGGAUUGUUGCACACACUAGUAGGGGUCGCCCCUAUUUUUGCCCUUGAAGUAGAAGACUCCAUCAAAGCAAAACCUCCCAACUCCCCGAGUGCAGCGUGGGUGCUGCAGCCUAGACCUACGCCGCCUAACGGGAGAGACCCGAACGCUUGGAACCGGCUCAAGGACCAGCCUUUGGCAUUAUCUGAGGAAGUUGAUGUCAAUAUUGCGCCAGUUCCAAAGUUUGGGGAGCAAGCCCUGGAGAGUUCUACCUCACAAAUAUUGUCACCGAAGACGUGUAGCCCGAAACAGUUUGCCUGCAAAGAUCAAAUCACAUGCAUAUCCAAGGGCUGGAGAUGUGAUGGGGAGAAGGAUUGUCCAGAUGGCUCAGAUGAAUCGCCUGAUAUAUGUCCACAGAGUAAGGUGUCCAGAUGCCAACCCAAUGAGCACAACUGCCUGGGGACUGAGCACUGCAUCCCCAUGACCGAACUGUGCAACGGGGAGAAUGACUGCGUGGAUGGCUCAGAUGAAGGGGUCCAUUGCCGAGAAUUCUUGACAAACUGCUCCUCUAUGGGCUGCCAGCACAAUUGCGUCCCGACUCUGAAUGGCCCGGCGUGCUAUUGCAACAGUUCCUUCCAGUUGGCUGAAGAUGGGAAAAGCUGUAAAGAUUUUGAUGAGUGUACUGUGUAUGGCACCUGUAGCCAAACCUGUGCCAACCAUCACGGUUCCUAUGAAUGCAGCUGUGUUGAGGGGUAUCUACUCCAGCCUGACCACAAAUCUUGCAAAGCCAAGAAUGAACCAGUGGAUCGACCUCCUAUCCUACUCAUCGCCAACUCUCAGAACAUCCUGGCAACUUUUUUGAGUGGUGGGCCUGUCCCUAACAUCACUCCCACCAGCACCAAGCAGACCACUGCCAUGGACUUUAACUACGCAGAAGAAACCGUCUGUUGGGUCCACGUAGGUGACAGCGCCUCACAAACUAUCCUGAAAUGUGCCAAGAUCCCCAAUCUCAAAGGCUUCACUGAGGAGUGGUCCAUCAACAUCUCCCUCAUCUUGCAUCACGUGGAGCAGAUGGCCAUCGAUUGGCUCACAGGCAACUUCUACUUUGUGGAUGACAUUGAUGACCGGAUAUUUGUCUGCAACAAGAAUGGGGACACCUGUGUCACGCUGCUUGACCUGGAGCUCUAUAACCCUAAAGGCAUCGCACUGGACCCAACCAUGGGGAAGCUUUUCUUCACUGACUAUGGACAGAUACCCAAAGUAGAGCGGUGUGACAUGGACGGACAGAAUCGCACCAAACUGGUUGACAGCAAGAUCGUCUUCCCCCAUGGCAUCACCUUGGACUUGGUCAACCGACUGGUUUAUUGGGCUGAUGCCUACCUUGACUACAUCGAAGUGGUGGAUUAUGAGGGAAAAAAUCGGCACACUAUCAUCCAAGGCAUCUUGAUAGAGCAUCUCUAUGGCUUGACCGUCUUUGAGAACUAUCUGUAUGCCACCAACUCAGACAAUGCCAAUGCCCAGCAGAAGACCAGCGUCAUCCGUGUCAAUCGGUUCAACAGCAUGGACUUCCAGGUGGUAACCCGAGUGGAUAAGGGCGGAGCGCUGCAUAUCUACCAUCAGCGCCGGCAACCCAAAGUGAGGAGUCAUGCCUGUGAACCGGACCAGCUCGGCAAACCCGGUGGUUGCUCUGACCUCUGUCUCCUUGGAAACAGCCACAAGACAAGGACAUGCCGGUGCCGAUCAGGAUUCAGCUUAGGCAGCGAUGGGAAAUCCUGCAAAAAGCCAGAGCACGAGCUGUUCCUUGUUUACGGCAAAGGGCGGCCUGGCAUCAUCCGGGGGAUGGACAUGGGGGCCAAAGUGCCCGACGAACACAUGAUCCCCAUUGAGAACCUGAUGAACCCCAGAGCCCUGGAUUUCCAUGCAGAAACCGGCUUCAUUUACUUUGCUGACACCACCAGCUAUCUGAUUGGGAGGCAGAAGAUUGACGGAACAGACAGAGAAACAAUUCUGAAAGAUGGAAUUCACAAUGUGGAAGGCAUUGCGGUGGACUGGAUGGGCAACAAUCUCUACUGGACCGAUGAUGGCCCCAAAAAGACCAUCAGUGUUGCCCGGCUGCAGAAAGCUGCUCAGACCAGGAAGACCCUGAUUGAAGGGAAGAUGACUCACCCUCGAGCCAUUGUGGUGGACCCUUUGAACGGAUGGAUGUACUGGACUGAUUGGGAGGAAGACCCUAAGGAUAGCAAGAGGGGGAAGAUAGAAAGGGCUUGGAUGGAUGGUUCCAACCGGAACGUCUUUAUCACUUCUAAGACAGUCCUGUGGCCCAAUGGACUGAGCCUGGAUAUUCCGGCCAAGGUGCUGUAUUGGGUGGAUGCAUUUUACGACCGGAUUGAGAUGGUUUUGCUGAAUGGCACGGAACGAAAGGUUGUGUACGAUGGUAAUGAGCUGAAUCAUGCCUUUGGAUUGUGCCACUACGGCAAGUUCCUCUUCUGGACAGAAUACCGGAGUGGCAGCAUCUAUCGGAUGGACCAGGUCACCAAGGCUGUCACGCUCCUGCGCAACGAGCGCCCACCAAUCUUUGAGAUCCGCAUGUAUGAUGCCCAGCAACAACAAGUUGGCUCCAACAACUGCCGAGUCAACAAUGGAGGUUGCAGCAGUCUUUGCCUGGCAAUUCCCAAAAGCCGACGUUGUGCCUGUGCAGAGGACCAGAUUUUGGGACCGGACUCUGUCACCUGUCAAGCCAAUCCAUCUUACAUCCCACCCCCUCAAUGCCAGCCUGGGGAGUUUGCCUGCAAGAACAACCGCUGCAUCCAAGAACGCUGGAAAUGCGACGGAGACAACGACUGCCUGGACAACAGCGACGAAGCCCCCGAGCUCUGCCAUCAGCACACCUGCCCCUCGGACCGUUUCAAGUGUGAGAACAAUCGCUGCAUUCCCAACCGUUGGCUGUGUGACGGAGACAAUGACUGUGGGAACAAUGAAGAUGAGUCUAACUCCACCUGCUCUGCUCGCACCUGCCCUCCCAACCAGUUCUCCUGUGCCACUGGACGUUGUAUACCCAUGUCUUGGACUUGUGACUUGGAUGAUGAUUGCGGAGACCGCUCGGAUGAGUCAGCCACUUGUGCCUACCCAACCUGCUUCCCUCUGACCCAGUUCACAUGCCACAAUGGCCGCUGCAUUAACAUCAACUGGAGAUGUGACAAUGACAACGACUGUGGGGACAACAGCGAUGAAGCCGGCUGCAGCCAUUCCUGCUCCAGCAACCAGUUCAAAUGCAACAGUGGACGCUGCAUUCCUGUCCACUGGACUUGCGAUGGGGAUAAUGAUUGCGGGGACUACAGUGACGAGACCCAUGCUAACUGUACCAAUCAGGCCACACGCCCACCUGGGGGCUGCCACACAGAUGAGUUCCAGUGCCGGCUAGAUGCACUCUGCAUCCCCAUGCGCUGGCGUUGCGACGGCGACACGGACUGCAUGGAUUCCAGCGAUGAGAAGAACUGUGAGGGCGUCACCCAUGCCUGCGAUCCGAAUGUCAAAUUUGGCUGCAAGGAUUCCGCCCGGUGUAUCAGCAAGGCUUGGGUAUGCGACGGGGACAGUGAUUGCGAGGACAACUCUGAUGAGGAGAACUGUGAGUCAUUGGUGUGCAAGCCACCAUCACACACCUGCGCCAACAACACAUCGAUCUGCCUUCCACCUGAGAAGCUGUGUGAUGGCAACGAUGACUGUGGGGAUGGCUCUGAUGAAGGGAAACUAUGUGACCUGUGCUCUCUGAGCAACGGCGGCUGCAGUCACAACUGCACAGUAGCACCAGGUGAAGGCAUUGCAUGUUCUUGUCCUUUGGGCAUGGAGCUGGGUGCUGAUAACAAGACCUGCCAGAUCCAGAGCUACUGUGCCAAACACCUGAAGUGCAGUCAGAAGUGUGAGCAGGACAAGUACAACGUGAAGUGUUCUUGCUACGAAGGAUGGAUGCUGGAGCCGGAUGGUGAGAGCUGCCGUAGCAUGGACCCCUUUAAGCCUUUCAUCAUCUUCUCCAAUCGCCACGAGAUCCGGCGCAUUGACCUGCACAAGGGAGAUUACAGCGUCUUGGUGCCGGGCUUGCGGAAUACCAUCGCUCUAGACUUCCAUCUCAAUCAGAGCUCCCUCUACUGGACAGAUGUGGUGGAGGACAAGAUAUAUCGGGGGAAGCUCCAUGAAAACGGAGCUCUGACUAACUUUGAGGAAUUUGAUUCAAUCUGGGCUAGCACCGGAAGGACUAAGCUAUGGAGCUACGGAUACGCUGGCAACAUCUACUGGGUCGAAAGCAACCUGGACCAGAUCGAGGUGGCCAAAUUGGAUGGGACCAUGAGGAGUACCCUGCUGGCUGGUGACAUUGAGCAUCCCCGGGCCAUUGCCCUGGACCCACGAGAUGGGAUACUUUUCUGGACUGACUGGGAUGCCAGUCUGCCCCGCAUUGAAGCAGCUUCCAUGAGUGGUGAGGGACGACGUGUUAUCCAUAAGGAAACAGGCUCAGGUGGCUGGCCUAACGGACUCACCGUUGACUAUCUGGAGAAGCGCAUUUUGUGGAUCGAUGCCAGGUCGGAUGCCAUCUAUUCUGCCUCUAACAGUGGCUCAAGGCCAUGUCAGUGUUCGCGAGGGCACGAGUACCUGUCACACCCUUUUGCUGUCACGCUGUACGGUGGUGAGGUGUACUGGACUGACUGGCGCACAAACACCCUGGCCAAGGCCAACAAGUGGACCGGCCACAACGUCACUGUCGUGCAAAGAACCAACACGCAGCCCUUCGACUUGCAGGUCUAUCAUCCCUCUCGCCAGCCUCUAGCGCCCAACCCCUGCGAGGCCAAUGGAGGCAAAGGCCACUGCUCUCAUCUCUGCCUCAUCAAUUACAACCGCACCUUCUCCUGCGCCUGCCCUCACCUCAUGAAGCUCGACAAGGACAAUGCCACAUGCUAUGAAUUUAGGAAGUUCCUGCUCUACGCCCGCCAGAUGGAGAUACGGGGAGUUGACAUUGACAACCCUUACUACAAUUAUAUCAUCUCUUUCACUGUGCCUGAUAUUGACAACGUCACUGUGGUUGACUAUGAUGCCAUGGAGCGGCGAAUCUACUGGUCUGAUGUCCGCACACAAACCAUCAAGAGGGCAUUCAUCAAUGGAACCGGAGUGGAAACUGUUGUGUCUGCAGACUUACCCAAUGCCCAUGGUCUAGCUGUUGACUGGAUCUCCAGGAACCUUUUCUGGACCAGCUACGAUGCCAACAAGAAGCAGAUCAAUGUUGCCCGGCUAGAUGGUUCAUUUAAAAAUGCCGUGAUUCAAGGACUGGACAAGCCCCAUUGCCUGGUUGUGCAUCCUCUCAAAGGGAAGCUCUACUGGACAGAUGGAGAUAACAUCAGCAUUGCCAACAUGGAUGGCAGCAACCGUAGCCAGUUGUUCACGAACCAGAAGAGCCCUGUUGGUAUGGAGAAAAUUCCACUCCACCAUCUGUACUGGAUCAGCUCUGGCAAUGGCACCAUCAAUAGGUGUAACUUGGAUGGCAGCGGCUUGGAGGUGUUGGAAACCAUGAAGGCCCAUCUGCGCAAGGCUACCGCUUUGGCUAUCAUGGGUGACAAAUUGUGGUGGGCUGACCAAGCUGCUGAAAAAAUGGGCACCUGCAGCAAAAAGGAUGGGACGGAGGCUGUUGUGCUGCGCAACAGCACCACCCUGGUCAUGCACAUGAAAGUCUAUGACGAGAGCAUUCAGCAACAAGGCACCAAUCCCUGCAGUGUCAACAACGGAGACUGCUCCCAGCUCUGCCUUCCAAUCUCGGAGAAUGCACGUUCCUGCAUGUGUACAGCAGGUUACAGCUUGAAGAGUGAACAGCAGUCGUGUGAAGGUGUUGGAUCUUUCCUCCUCUAUUCUGUGCACGAGGGUAUCCGUGGCAUCCCAUUGGACCCCAACGACAAGUCUGAUGCGUUGGUACCUGUCUCUGGGACCUCCCUGGCUGUCGGCAUUGACUUCCAUGCAGAGAAUGACACCAUCUAUUGGGUUGACAUGGGCCUGAGCACCAUCAGCCGCGCCAAGAGAGACCAGACGUGGCGAGAGGAUGUGGUGACCAACGGCAUUGGCCGGGUGGAAGGAAUAGCUGUGGAUUGGAUUGCAGGAAAUAUCUAUUGGACAGACCAGGGCUUUGAUGUCAUUGAAGUAGCCAGGCUCAAUGGUUCAUUCCGCUACGUGGUGAUCUCACAGGGUCUGGAUAAGCCACGGGCCAUCACCGUGCACCCGGAGAAAGGGUAUCUCUUUUGGACAGAGUGGGGCCAGUAUCCCCGCAUUGAACGGUCCCGGCUCGAUGGGUCAGAGCGUGUGGUCCUCAUCAACAACAGCAUCAGCUGGCCCAAUGGGAUUUCAGUUGACUAUGAGGAUGGGAAACUUUACUGGUGUGAUGCCCGGACAGAUAAGAUUGAACGCAUUGACCUGGAGACUGGCGACAACAGGGAAGUUGUCCUGUCCUCUAACAACAUGGACAUGUUCUCGGUGUCAGUCUUUGAGGAUUACAUCUACUGGAGUGACAGGACUCAUGCAAAUGGAUCCAUUAAGCGGGGCAGCAAGGACAACGCUUCUGAAAUUGUGUCUCUGCGCACGGGAAUCGGAGUGCAGCUCAAAGACAUCAAGGUGUUCAACAGAGCCAGGCAGAAGGGUACCAAUGUGUGCGCUCAGAACAACGGUGGCUGUCAGCAAUUGUGCCUGUUCCGGGGAGGAGACCAGCGAACUUGCGCGUGCGCCCAUGGCAUGCUCUCUGAGGACAGUGUGACCUGCCGUGAGUAUGAUGGCUACCUGCUCUACUCGGAACGAACCAUACUCAAGAGCAUCCACUUGUCGGAUGAGAACAACCUCAAUGCACCCAUCAAGCCUUUUGAAGAUGGUGACCACAUGAAAAACGUCAUUGCCUUGGCUUUUGAUUACCGCUAUGGCAGCAAGGGUAGCAACCGCAUCUUCUACAGUGACAUUCAUUUUGGCAACAUCCAACAAAUCAACGAUGACGGAACUGGACGUAGAACCAUAGUCGACAAUGUCGGCUCAGUUGAGGGGCUGGCCUACCACCGAGGCUGGGAUACUUUGUACUGGACAAGCUACACCACGUCCACCAUUACACGGCAUACUGUGAACCAGACUCGCCCUGGAGCUUUUGAAAGAGACACAGUAAUCACUAUGUCUGGGGAUGACCAUCCUCGAGCCUUCGUGCUAGAUGAGUGCCAGAACCUGAUGUUCUGGACCAACUGGAACGAGCAGCACCCCAGCAUUAUGCGGGCCACACUUUCCGGCAACAAUAUGAUCACCAUCAUCGAUAAAGACAUCCGCACACCCAACGGCCUGGCCAUUGACCACAAAGCAGAAAAGAUCUAUUUCUCUGAUGCUACACUAGACAAGAUUGAGCGCUGUGAAUAUGACGGCUCUCAACGACAAGUCAUCCUGAAGGCGGAGCCAGUACACCCUUUUGGGCUCGCCGUCUACGGGGACUACAUCUUCUGGACAGAUUGGGUGCGUCGGGCUGUGCAGCGUGCCAACAAGUACAUGGGCUCUGACAUGAAGCAUCUGCGCAUUGACAUCCCCCAGCAACCCAUGGGCAUUAUCGCCGUGGCCAAUGACACCAAUAGCUGUGAAAUGUCUCUCUGCAGAGUGAACAAUGGUGGCUGCCAGGACUUAUGCCUUCCUACACCCAAGGGUCAAGUGGUCUGCUCUUGCCGUGGUGAGAGGACCCUGCAGGAGGAUCUCAGCUGCAGAGCCGCCAACUCCACCUGUCAUGUGCACACUGAGUUUGAGUGCGGGAACGGAGACUGCAUUGAUUUCAGCCGGACCUGCGAUGGUGUGGCUCAGUGCAAGGAUAAGUCAGACGAGAAGCAAUCCUACUGCAACAACCGCAAGUGUAAGAAGGGCUACUUCCAUUGCACCAAUAAGCGCUGCGUGGCCAACCGGCUCUUGUGCAACGGUGCGGACGACUGUGGGGACAACUCCGAUGAAGUGCCUUGUAACAAGACGAGCUGUGCUGCCACUGAGUUCCGCUGCCGGGACGGGACCUGCAUCAGCAACUCCAGCCGCUGCAACCAACACAUCGAUUGUGAGGAUGCGUCGGACGAGAUGAACUGCACCGCAACAGACUGCAGCAGCUUUUUCAAGCUGGGCGUAAAAAGUACCACCUUCCUAAAGUGUGAGCACACAUCAAUGUGCUAUGCUCCAUCGUGGGUGUGUGACGGCAGCAAUGAUUGUGGAGACUAUUCAGAUGAGCAGAACUGCCCAGGCGUUGUGAGUAAAUCAAAGUGCCCUGCCAACUACUUUACCUGCCCGAGCGGGAGAUGCAUCCCCAUGACCUGGACAUGUGAUAAGGAGAAUGACUGUGAAAAUGGCGAGGAUGAAACACACUGCAAUAAGUUCUGCUUCCCAGUGAAGUUUGAAUGCAACAACCACCGCUGCAUCUCCAAACUGUGGGUGUGUGAUGGCGCAGACGACUGCGGAGAUGGCUCGGAUGAAGACCAUCGUUGCAGUCUCACCACCUGUGCCGCAGGUUCCUUUCAGUGCCCAAACACCUAUGUGUGUGUGCCAGAACGCUGGCUCUGCGACGGCGACAAAGAUUGUGCUGAUGGAUCAGAUGAAAGCUUGGCUGCCGGCUGCUUGUACAACAACACAUGCGACGAGCGGGAAUUCAUGUGCAACAACAGGCAGUGCAUCCCCAAACAUUUUGUUUGCGACCAUGAUAACGACUGUGGUGAUAAUUCUGACGAGUCUCUGGAAUGUGAGUACCCCACGUGUGGCCCCAAUGAGUUCCGCUGUGCCAACGGCCGCUGCCUGAGCCACAAGCAGUGGGAGUGUGACGGGGAGUUUGACUGCCACGAUCACUCCGAUGAGGCACCCAAGAAUCCUCGCUGUUCCAGCACAGGUAAAUGCUGCUAUGGGGAGGAGAAAUCAGUGAGCUUGUACAACUACUUGUAUUGCACAUGGAAAAAUACGUACACUCAUACCUCGGGUUUCGCCAGUAAUCCUUCUGGCAACGCUCAGCGAAACCCGAAACCAGCGAAACCCGAGGCCUCACCCCCAGACCAUUCCCUGAUUGGCAAGAUAGGGAUGGAUGGUACCAACCGGAGCGUCAUCGUGGACUCCAAGAUCACCUGGCCCAAUGGCCUCACCCUGGACAGUAUUAACAGCCGCAUCUACUGGGCCGAUGCCCGGGAGGACUACAUUGAAUUUGCCAGCCUGGACGGCUCCAACCGGCACAUAGUUCUGAGCCAGGAUAUUCCUCACAUCUUUGCCCUGACCCUCUUUGAGGAUUACAUUUACUGGACUGACUGGGAGACCAAAUCCAUCAAUCGGGCUCACAAGACCACUGGGGCCAACAAAACCACGCUCAUCAGCACUCUGCAUCGGCCUAUGGACAUCCACAUCUUCCAUCCCUACAGGCAACCAGAUGUCCCCAACCACCCCUGCAAAAUCAACAAAGGCGGCUGCAGCAACCUGUGCCUGCUGUCACCAGGAGGAGGCUUCAAGUGUGCUUGCCCAACCAACUUCUAUUUGGGUGGAGAUGGCAAGACCUGCAUCUCCAACUGCACAGCCAGCCAGUUUGUUUGCAAGAAUGACAAGUGCAUCCCUUUCUGGUGGAAAUGCGACACAGAAGACGAUUGCGGAGAUCACUCGGAUGAGCCCGAGAACUGCCCUGAAUUCAAGUGCCGCCCGGGGCAGUUUCAGUGCUUGACGGGUGUCUGCACCAACCCGGCCUUCAUCUGCGAUGGGGACAAUGAUUGUCACGACAGCUCAGAUGAAGCCAACUGUGAGGCACACGUCUGUCUGCCCAGCCAGUUCAAGUGUACUAACACGAACCGUUGCAUCCCUGGCAUCUUCCGCUGCAACGGGCAGGACAACUGUGGUGAUGGAGAGGAUGAGAAGGACUGUCCGGAGGUGACUUGUGCCUCAAACCAGUUCCAGUGUGCCAUUACCAAACGCUGUAUCCCUCGGGUGUGGGUGUGUGACCGAGACAAUGACUGUGUGGAUGGAUCUGACGAACCUGCCAAUUGCACACAAAUGAGAUGUGGCCUGGAUGAGUUCCGAUGCAAGGAUUCAGGUCGGUGCAUCCCAGCACGUUGGAAAUGUGAUGGAGAAGAUGAUUGCGGAGAUGGCUCAGACGAACCAAAGGAAGAAUGUGACGAGCGGACCUGCGAGCCUUACCAGUUUCGAUGCAGGAACAACCGCUGUGUGCCUGGUCGCUGGCAGUGUGAUUACGACAAUGACUGCGGGGACAACUCAGAUGAGGAGAACUGUAAACCCAGGCCUUGCUCUGAAAGUGAGUUCUCCUGUGCCAAUGGGCGUUGCAUCGCUGGCCGCUGGAAGUGUGAUGGAGACCAUGAUUGUGCUGAUGGGUCUGAUGAGAAAGAAUGCAAGCCGCGCUGUGACCAUGACCAGUUCCAUUGCAGAAACGGUCACUGCAUUCCUCUACGGUGGCGCUGCGAUGCUGACGCAGACUGCAUGGAUGGCAGCGAUGAGGAGAAUUGCAGCACCAGGGUGAGGACCUGCCCCUUGGAUGAGUUCCAGUGCAACAACACCUUGUGCAAGCCGCUGGCCUGGAAAUGCGAUGGAGAGGACGACUGCGGUGAUAACUCCGACGAGAACCCCGAAGAAUGCUUGAAAUUCCAAUGUCCUCCCAAUAGACCGUUCCGCUGCAAGAACGACCGUGUGUGUCUCUGGAUUGGUCGCCAGUGUGACGGUAUCGAUAAUUGUGGUGACGGCACUGAUGAGCUGUAUUGCGAGUCACCCACUGCCCGGCCCAGGAGCUGCAACCACGAGAAGAACGAAUUCCUUUGCGACAAUGGGAAAUGCAUCAGAGCUGAACUGAGCUGCAACUUCUUUGAUGACUGCGGAGAUGGAUCCGAUGAAGACAGUUGCUUGCCAGAUCUGAAGACUUAUGGCUGCCACACCAAUGUGACCAUGUGCGGCGACGAAGCCAAAUGCAUGCAGACCCCCUCGGCUGUGUACUGCGCCUGCCGCCAUGGCUUCCAGAAAGUGGCAGACAAGAAUUCUUGCCAAGAUAUCAAUGAAUGCCUGAAUUUUGGGGUUUGCUCUCAACUCUGCAACAACACCAAAGGGUCAUAUAUGUGCACCUGUGCCAAGAACUUCAUGAGGACCCAUCAUAUGUGCAAGGCAGAAGGGUCUGAGCACCAGAUACUUUACAUUGCUGAUGACAACAAGAUCCGCAGUAUGUACCCCUUCAACCCCAACUCUGCCUACGAACCUGCCUUCCAAGGGGAUGAGAACGUCCGCAUCGCUGCCAUGGAUGUAUACGUCAAGGGUAAUAAGAUCUAUUGGACCAACUGGCACACGGGGCGCAUUUCCUGCCGUGAACUCCCAUCCUCUGCUGGUUCGAGCGCCUCCAAUCGCAACCGACGGCAGAUUGAUGGUGGUGUUACCCACUUGAAUAUAUCUGGGCUGAAGAUGCCACGUGGCAUUGCCAUCGAUUGGGUGGCUGGGAACAUUUACUGGACAGAUUCAGGGCGUGAUGUCAUUGAAGUGGCACAGAUGAAGGGCGAGAACCGGAGGACGCUGAUCUCGGGCAUGAUCGAUGAGCCCCAUGCCAUUGUAGUGGACCCACUUCGAGGCACCAUGUAUUGGUCAGACUGGGGGAACCAUCCCAAAAUUGAGACAGCGGCAAUGGAUGGGACCCUGAGAGAAACGCUUGUCCAGGAUAACAUCCAGUGGCCAACAGGUCUGGCUGUUGACUACUACAAUGAACGUCUGUACUGGGCUGACGCCAAGCUCUCUGUGAUCGGCAGCAUCCGGCUCAAUGGCACUGACCCUGUCGUAGCUAUUGACAGCAAGAAAGGGCUCAGCCACCCUUUCAGCAUUGACAUUUUUGAGGACUACAUCUAUGGUGUCACCUACAUCAAUAACCGCAUCUUUAAGAUCCACAAGUUUGGCCAUGGGACCGUCACCAAUUUGACAGCUGGGCUGAACCAUGCUACGGAUGUGGUACUCUACCACCAGUACAAACAGCCAGACGUGACCAACCCAUGCGACAGAAAGAAAUGUGAAUGGCUCUGCCUCCUGAGUCCCAGUGGCCCUGUGUGUACAUGUCCCAACGGCAGGCGGCUGGACAAUGGCACAUGUGUGCUCAUCCCCUCUCCGACUCUUUCACCUGUUGUUCCAGCCACCGACACUUGUGACCUGGUUUGUCUCAAUGGUGGCAGCUGCUUCCUGAAUGCCCGCAAGCAGGCCAAGUGUCGAUGCCAGCCACGCUACAGUGGGGACAAAUGCCAGUUCGACCAGUGCUCUAACUACUGCAUGAACGGGGGCACCUGUGCUGCUUCCCUGUCUGGGGUGCCAACUUGCCGCUGCCCCAACGGCUACACCGGCUCCCAGUGCAACAAGCAGUUGUGCACAGACUACUGCCUCAACAACGGCAGCUGCUCGGUCAACCAGGGCAACCAGCCCAAUUGCCGCUGCCCCGUUGAGUUCAUCGGUGACAAAUGCCAAUACCGCCAGUGCUUUAACUACUGUGAGAAUAAUGGUGUCUGCCAGCUGACAGCCUCCGGAACCCGUCAGUGUCGCUGCCUGCCAAAUUACUAUGGGGACCGCUGCCAGCAUAACAAAUGUGAUCGCUGUCUCAAGGGCAACUGCUCCAUCAACAAGCAGAACGGCAACGUUACCUGCACGUGCCCAGAUGGCAGGAUAGCCCCCAGCUGCUUGACAUGCGACAACUACUGCCUAAACGGGGGCACAUGCACCAUGAAUGCCGAAACCUCAAUGCCAAAAUGCCAGUGCUCAGCAGAAAUGACAGGGGAUCAGUGCGAGACAUCUACAGACAGUGAACAGCAGAGCAACCGAACAGUUUCCAUUGUCAUCCCGAUCCUCCUACUGCUGCUCGUGAUAUUGGCGGCUGGCGCUGUGGUCUGGUAUAAGAAGCGAAUUAAAGGGGCCAAGGGCUUCCAACACCAGCGCAUGACCAAUGGUGCCAUGAAUGUGGAGAUUGGCAACCCUACCUACAAGAUGUACGAGGGGGACCCCGACGCCGAUGAUGUGGGGGAGCUGCUAGAUGCCGACUUCGCUCUGGACCCUGACAAGCCCACAAACUUCACAAAUCCAGUGUAUGCCACACUCUACAUGGGUGCCCACAACAGCCGCAACUCACUAGCCAGCACGGACGAAAAGCGGGAGCUGCUGUCAAGAGGGGCAGAGGAUGACCUUGGCAACCCCCUGGCAUAGGGAUUGGGGGGAAGGGGCCAUUGGCCCACACAGAGACCUGGAUGAAGACAGACAGGAUGGGCUGGGGAGGGCGGGGGGAGCAAGAGAUACUGUAUAAAUGUACAAAUGAAGGAUUAUUACUUUUAUAUGUGAGCAGUAUUAUUACCUGUAUAUUCCCUUUCACUACCAGCCGCUGAAUCUCUGUCACCGAACUCCGGGGUGGCCGGAGUUAAAGGCAACUUUGGGAGGUGGAGGGGAAACCACGAGGAAAAAAAACCCCUAGUUUGGGUUGAAGGGCUUCAUGAUCUUACCUGGCUGCUUCCUUUUUUUUCCCCUCCCAUUUUUGCACAAGUCAAUCCAUUGUAGCUUUCUGUGCAAAGCCCCUUUAAGUCACUGUUCUUCGUCAAACUUCUAAUACAUUUCAAACCCAGCCAUGAACCAUUGGGAGCUGCCCUGGGCAAACUCUCUGUUGCUAGGAACAUGGGAGGAAAGGGAUGUCAGGAAAGGUCAUCAGAUCCAGGAGGCAAAUGGGAACACCUGCUGCUUCUCUCUCCUGCCUGGGAAAGGAGAGCUCGUUGGGCCUGCACCUCAUCUUAGUCCGAUAAUUGCUGAAUCCAGAUUUAGUUGAACUGAAGUCACCCAGCUGUGCAUAGACACUUGGUGAUCCCUGCUGUUGUUCUUCAUUCAUUCCAAUAGAGUCUUUUCGUGGGAAGCCACGUGAUAAAGCUCAGUUCCUGUUCUGUUCCGAUCCAGAUGCAUCGAGCUCUUGGGACGAGGAAGGAGCAUUCUGAUAGGGAGGUCUGCCGCCACCCCUCCCCAAGCAAUUUGACUUUUCUUGUCAAAUCACUUUUGUCUUCCCUGGAGAUUCCUUAGAUGUUCCGCCUAAGAAGGGAUCCCCAGUCUCACUUUAAAUUUUGCUUGAGGGGGUGAAAGCCAGUUACAGCCUACAGGUGUGUAUAAUCUUUAUCAAAGCGCUUCUGAAAUUCUUGAAGGUGAUUCCCCCACUGCAGGUUUUCUUCCAGUUUUGCUUUAGGUAAAAAAAAAAAAAUCUUGCUGGUCACUCUA